GUGUCGGUGCCGAGAAGGCUGAAAACUGAGAAGAGGGGAAAGGAAUUGGGCAUUUGCAUCUUAAACACAGAGAAGAAGCUCAAGGAAAAGGAAAAGGAAAUCAGAACAGUCAUCAAUGGCGAAUAAGCCUUUGGGAUCGACGGGAGAAUUCUUCAGGAGGAGAGACGAGUGGAGGAAGCAUCCGAUGCUCACCAAUCAGUUCCGUCACGCCACUCCUGGUCUCGGCAUCGCCCUCGUCGCUUUCGGCAUCUACCUUGUCGGCGAGCAAGUCUACAACAGGAUCAAUUCUCCCUCCCCUUCUCACCACCACCAUGCCGAUGCAUCCUCCGCCACCCACUAACUCAUUCCGCUAAUUUUGCAGAUGCAUUCCUGCUAGCUGAAUCCAAGCUUGGAGUUCUGUAGCAUUCAUUCCGUUUACCUUUUUAUGUGCAAUAAAAGAAUAUAUUUUGCUGGACAAAGCACUUGAAGCUUGUGAAUGUACUUGAGGUUGGGAUUGAAAUUUCCAUCACAACUGAAGUGUUUAAUUUUAUAAUCUAGUGGUUCUAGCACUUCAUUUUGCUCAC